GGGAAUUGGAGAUGAAAAUGCAGGAGAUGGUGAUGUUAAUGGAGACAAAGCUGAUAUGAAUAGUGACAAAGAUGAAUUCGAUAGAGAAGAUUCAAUGAAUACUUUUCCGGAGUCAAAUGUUCCAACAAAAUAUGUAUCUUUCGAAAAAGAAAUUAAGUUUCAGUGCCAAGUAAGAUUUAUUGAUUUAGAAGGAACGAAUGAUGGUAGAUCUCUUAAAACUAUUGUACCUCAGGUUCAACCUAGAAAGUUGAUUGUAGUUCAUGCGUCGCCAGAAGCAACUAAUGAUUUUGCUCAAAACUGCUUGGCGAUAAGAUCAAUGACGCGAGAUAUUUACACACCAGAUGUUGGAGAAGUUUUAAACGUAUCAGCUGCUAUAAAUUUUUACCAGGUUAAAUUAACCGAUGCAUUAGUUAGUUCUUUAAAACUUUCAAAGCUUGAAGAUUAUGAUAUUGCAUUUGUAAACGGAAAAAUUUCCUUUCCUCCAGAUUCAUCCCUACCAGUAUUGGAUGUGGUGCCGAUAGAAGAACUAAGUUCUGGUACUCAUAAUCCAGUCUUUGUUGGUGAAGUUAAAUUAACGGAAUUAAAACGUGUAUUGCAAUCAGAAGGCAUAACGGCAGAAUUUAAAGACGAAGGAGUAUUAGUGUGUAAUGAAAAAGUUGCCGUCCGAAAGACUCCGAACGGACAAUUGAUCUUGGAAGGCUCAUUAUCGGACGAUUAUUACAAAAUCAGAUCAAUAAUAUAUGCACAGCAUGCUAUUUUAUAG